AUGUCCUGUUUAUCAGAACCAGGCUUAUCAGAACCAGGCUUAUCAGAACCAGGUUUAACAGAACCAGGUUUAACAGAACCAGGCCUAUCAGAACCAGGUUUAUCAGAUCUAGGUUUAUCAGAACCAGGUUUAACAGAACCAGAACCAGGUUUAUCAGUUCUAGGUUUAACAAAACCAGGUUUUUUACAACCAGGUUUAUCAGAACCAAGUUUAACAGAACCAGAUUUAUCAGUUCCAGGUUUAUCAGAACCAGGUUUAACAAAACCAGGUUUAUUACAACCAGGUUUAUCAGAACCAGGUUUAUCAGUUCCAGGUUUAUCAGAACCAGGUUUAUCAGAACCAGGUUUAACAAAACCAGGUUUAUUACAACCAGUUUUAUCAGAACCAGAUUUUAUCGAACCAGGUUUAUCAAAACCAACUUUAACAAAACCAGGUUUAUUACAACCAGGUUUAUCAGAACCAGGUUUAAAAGAACCAGAUUAA